GCCAUUUUGAUAGUUGUCAGUUCAGUUAAUGUUGGAAGUAACUGGUAUACAUCUUGUGAACACCUGCAAGGGCAAUCUUCCUUUAACGCCGAUCAAGGGGUUAUUCAACUUUCUCACUGAAUCUCUAGACUUGCUGAUUGUGUUGUCCUCUCUUCGCCCUAUGUCAGCGCUGGGCCACCUGAUUCACGGAACAUUCAUUUUCUAUCUUCCUGCACGGCCCUUUCAUGAUCUCUACCUGAGACGUAUAAAAUCUUCCAUCCAUUGCUCCAUCAUCGCCAUCGCCCUCGUAUUCUGGCUUGCAUCUGUGGUCUCUGUCUCCUUAUUGCUAGCCUUAACAUGUUCGCCUUUGUUUUACUUGCGCUGUCGUCCAUUCUCCCCGCAUUGGCAAUGCCUUCACCUAAUAUCCAUGAUUUUUCUGCCCGAAAUUCAGGCGGCUGUGACGUCUCACGAGCCCGUCUCGUCUUCCCAAACGGCUCAGCGAUUGCAUCACCUUCUGGUGCCCCUUCAUUUAUUGGUCUUGGAAUAGGCACACAAAACUACACCUGCACGGCUGAUGGUGUCUAUACAAACGUCGGCGCCGUCGCCGAAAUAUUUGACAUCUCCUGCCUCCUUGGUACACCUCUCUUUGGCCAUAUCCAAGACCUGGCCAUCGCUGCAUGGAAAAAUACUCACCGCAUCGAGAACGUACCCUCGAAGCUCGGCCUGGCACUGCGUGUCCUCGGGGACCACUUCUUCAUUACGAACCCCAUCACGGGUUCUGGCAUCAGCCCAAAGUGGGAUUUCAGCGCUUCACUGCAUGACUCUGAGGCCUUUGUUGUCGGAGCGAGGAGUGGAUCCAUGACCGCACCAACUGGAAGCUCGGAUAUUGAUUGGUUGGUCCUUGACCGGGUCCUUGGGUCGCUCGCGACUCAAGUCUUCCGCGUUGAUACUAGGGAUGGACAGCCGCCUGCGACGUGUACACCGGGAUCUGCACCUAUCACCGUGAAAUAUACGUCCAAAUAUUGGUUCUUCGGGACUUUGUUGUAAAGAAACUUCGAUUCACAACCGAAAAAGCAGAAGUUCGCUGUGUAUUAAAUAAAUGUUAAAGAUGGGAAUUUG